UAUGCUGCUGUAAUGGAUUGUUUUAUUUUUAAUGUGAUGCUCGUUGUGAAUGGUUAAAGUCCCUUUAAAUGUAUCUGGUAGGAACAGCCUACAGGUUUGUUUUUUUUUUUUUAGAAUGUAUAUUGCUGCACACAACCAAUGGCACUACUUCAAAUAUUAGAACAGCUGCCCAGAUAAAGCAGGCAGACAGCAUAACAGCAUCAUGGCUUUAAGGUGGGAAAGAAAAUGUAGAUGAAAAGCAGCAGGGAAGAGAAACCUCAAGCCUCAGAACGGAGGGUUCUCUCUGCUGGGGAUCACACCAUCUCACCAUGUCAAAGAAGGGUGCAGGCAGCCGAGCUAAGGGAGACAAACCUGAUGCCUUAGCUGCUUUACAAGCUGCCAAUGAAGAGCUCAGGGCCAAACUGACAGACAUUCAAAUCGAACUCCAGCAUGAAAAGAGUAAGGUGAGCAAGUUGGAAAGAGAGAAAACACAGGAAGUGAAGCAUGAGCAACACAAGUUUACAGUGGUCGUGACGGAACUCAAAGCCAAACUUCACGAAGAUAAAAUGAAGGAACUGUACUCUGUUAGAGAGACAUUGUUAAGACAGCAUGAAUCCGAGCUUCUCCGGGUCAUCAAAAUCAAGGACAGCGAGAUCCAGCGGCUGCAAGCGCUUGUCAAUGCCUUACGGGAUGGAACCACUGACAAGGUGAAAACGGUGCUUUUCAUUGAGGCUAAGGAGGAGGCCAAGAAGCUGUUUGAGUUUGAGAAGAUUCGAAUGCAGCAGGAGAUUUCUGAGCUCAAGGGAGUUAAGAAACAAAUGGAGGAGACUUUGACUCUGGCAAUUCAAGCUGACAAAAUGAAGGCUGUAGAGAUAAGGAGUGUCUACCAUCUGCACCAGGAGGAGAUCUCCAGAAUCAAAAGGGAAUGUGAAAGGGAAAUCCGGAGACUGAUGGAUGAGAUUAAAUUAAAAGACAGAGCAGUCUACGUGCUGGAAAAAGAGCUGGGGGUUCAAGCUGGGCAAGCUCAGAGACUCCAGCUCCAAAAAGAGGCUUUAGAUGAACAACUUGUCCAAUUCAGAGAGGCUGAUCGACAUCUGAGUAGCCCGAAACGAGAGGUUCCUUAUACAAGUGGUGCAGGAGACGCCUCAGAUCACUCAGGAAGUCCUGAACAACAGUUGGAUGAAAAAGAUGCACGGAGAUUCCAGCUUAAAAUUGCUGAAUUGAGCUCAAUCAUCAGAAAGCUGGAAGAUCGAAACACACUGCUGUCGGAGGAAAGAAACGAACUUCUCAAACGGCUGCGUGAAGCAGAGAGUCAAUACAAACCGAUCCUGGAUAAAAACAAACGACUGAGCAGAAAGAAUGAAGAGUUCACCCUUGCCUUACGUCGUGUGGAGAACAAACUGAAAUUUGUCACCCAGGAGAAUAUGGAAAUGAGGGAGAGAGUGGGAACGAUUAGACGUCCAAGCUCCUUGAAUGACCUCGAUCAAAGUCAAGAAGAGCAAGAGAUUGAAUUUCUGAGGCUGCAGGUUAUUGAACAGCAGAAUAUCAUUGAUGAUCUUUCUAAGGCAAUGGAAACUGCUGGGUAUGUCAAGAGUGUCAUAGAGCGUGACAAGAUACUGAGGUACCGAAGACAGAGAAAGAAAAUUGUAAAGCCAUUUAAGCCAGUGGUGGAGACAUUCUUUGGGUAUGAUGAAGACGGCUCCUUGGAUUCUGAUGGUUCUUCAAUCUCAUGUCAAACCGACAGGACACCCUGUACCCCUGAUGAUGACAUUGAAGAAGGCAUGGCCAAAGAAGAAACUGAACUGCGUUUCCGCCAGUUAACUAUGGAGUACCAGGCUCUCCAGCGGGCAUAUGCACUAUUGCAAGAACAGGUUGGAGGAACAUUAGAUGCAGAAAGAGAAGUUAAGACACGCGAACAACUGCAAGCUGAAAUAGUUCGAUUUCAAACCAAAAUAGAAGAUCUUGAGAAAACAUUGGCAGAGCAAGGGCAGGACAUGAAAUGGAUUGAGGAGAAGCAAGCUCUGUAUCAAAGAAAUCAAGAGCUUGUGGAGAAGAUUAAGCAAACGGAGACGGAGGAGACACGCCUAAAACAUGACAUCCAGGAUGUUAAAGACCAAAACGAACUUUUAGAGUUCCGUAUCCUAGAACUUGAAGAACGAGAGAGAAGAUCACCUGGGAUCAACUUUCACCACAUUCCAUUCACAGAGGGGAGGAGUCCGCUCCAGGUGUACUGUGAGGCAGAGGGGCUUAUGGAUAUUGUAGUAGCUGAUCUGAUGAAAAAGUUGGAUAUUUUAGGAGAUAACGCAAACUUGACCAAUGAAGAGCAAGUAGUCGUCAUUCAAGCAAGAACGAUCUUGACCUUAGCUGAGAAGUGGCUCCAACAAAUAGAAGUCAUUAAAUCGGCUUUGCAACAAAAAAUGCUGGAUCUUGAAAAUGAAAAAGCGCUCUUCAGUAAACAGAAAGGAUAUUUGGAUGAAGAACUAGACUACAGGAAGCAAUCGAUGGAUCAGGCUCACAAGCGGAUCCUUGAGUUGGAGGCCAUGCUGUACGAUGCACUGCAACAGGAGGAUGGUGCUAAGAUGUCUGAGAUCCUGUCCGAAGAGGAGAGGGGGACUCUGAAAAGAGCGGUGGAGCAGUGGAAGCGGCAGGUCAUGAGUGAGCUGAGAGAGCGGGACGCUCAGAUCCUGAGGGAGAGGAUGGAGCUGGUUCAUCACGCACAACAGAAAACUAAAGAACUUGAAGAAAGAAUAGAAGCACAGAAACGACAGAUAAAGGAACUGGAAGAAAAGUUUUUAUUUUUAUUUUUGUUUUUUUCUUUAGCUUUCAUUCUUUGGUCAUAGUUCUUCCACUCUGCCAGAGAAGCCAACAGGUGAACAUAGACAUGUGUGUCUCUUACUAAAGUUGCAACUCAUUGGCAAAGAGGAAAAUAUCAAAAUUUGGAAAGACACUUGUGAUCUUCAAAGAAGAAAAAUCAGAUGGAGAGAAGCCAGGAGAGCCAUGGGGCUUUUUUGUUACUCUUACAAAAGAAGAGGCAAACUCUGUAUACACAGCGACAAUGGAGUGUGUGUUUACCUUGAAAAACAAUUGUGGCUUUGGAAGAGACAGGACCAGAGAAGCUGAUGUUGUGAUGAAACAUUUUUUUUUAUAUCAAAGACCAGGAAAGCAAUAACAGUAUGAAGGUGCUGAUUAAGAAAUCUUGGCUUUUAGUGAAUGCAAUUUAAGAACUCUUAAAUUGAUGAUUUUCCCUGCUGAGCAGGAUAGUAAAUACAGCUGCUUUUGUAUAGAAGCAUGAACAAAUAAAAUAGACAUACCCUAUUUCCAACCUGUUUACCCAGAGUAAUCUCAGUAAGCAUGUAAAGCUAAUGAUGACAGCCUUCCUCAGCUUGAAAACAGUUGAUUUUAUUGAAAGAAUGACAAGAUGAAUGAGUCAUCUAAGCAAGUCUCUUUCAUCUGACAAUAAGCCGACCAACAGUCAAAGUAGAGCUCGAAAAACAGGAUAUUGAACACAUUUUUAAUAAAUAUAUCAGAAGAUUUUUAUCAAAGAGGUGUAUGUGUUCCUCUGAGUGACUGUACAGCAGCAUUUCACAGGAUUCUGAAGCAGAGAAGGCUCAAUAUGGAGAUCUUUACCUCAGUUGUGUGGUGUUUCUGAAACUAAGAUCAAAGAACUAGCAAAAGGAAAAUCAGUUAGGUCUCGCUCAUCGACAAAAGGCAAGGGCCUCCAGUUGAGAAAAAUGUAAAUGAUGAAAUCAGGACUGUAACAGAAUUUAUAUGUAAUGUAAAUCAGUAAAUGAAUCAGAAGAAUUACUUUUCUACUGAAACCAAAUCAUGCAGGCUUUCUGCUUAUACUGGAUGACUGUCUGUCAUGAUAUAAGUACACCUGACAGAAGAUUAUCCUUCAAGGAGAAUACUACUUUAGACCGGUCUGCUGUCUUACUUUCUUACCAGCUGUGGAAAACUGCCAGUUCCCCCAUCAACACUGAAAUCUUACCAACCAGGUCAUUCACUGGGUCUGAUUAUAUAAUAAAACAAACUUGUUGUGGACUGUUGGACAGUGAAGAUUACCAUCUCUCUAAGAAGCAUUAUCAGUCUGAAGCAGCGGGCUAUUAUGUGUUGUUCCAGCCCCAACAGUCUCAUCAAUCACUUGAGAACAUAAAAGUUAGAACGUCCAAGAGGGUUGUAAUGAAACCUGCCAUAGUCUGGUAAAUAAUACAUGUGACGUCUCUGUGGGUAUAAUUUGUAAUCAAAAGGCCAUUUAGUCCAAUUAAAAACAAUACUAAUUUAGCAAAUGAUCUACACAUUUAUUUACAGUGGCUAUGUUGUUUUAAACUAUGGUACCUGAAUUCUCAUUGCAUUAUUAUUGUAGAUGUAUCUUACUUUGUAUUAUAGGCUGUGAUACAUGUCCAUGUGUCUGUUUGUCAAACAACACAAGGUUUGGGUUUUGUUGCCUAUAAACAUGUACUCUAUGUGUGCUCUAUAAGCUUGCUGGUUAAUAGAAUGAUUGAAUGUAGUGAUGCAAGUACUUCUAAAACUGCCUUAAUUUAAAUUCUUCUCAUGGGGACCUUAAGUUAUUGGCCUGCUUGGAAAAUACUAACAGUGUUGCGAAUGUUUUGAUAUGUUUUUCUAUGAUAUACUUCAGCAUAGGGUGCAUUUUUAUAUGCAUAUGAUGAGAAGGCAAGUAAUAUAAAUGUAACACAUUUCAUUUAAUACUCAGGCCGUGCUUUUGCAUGUUGUAUAUAUGUGUUUAUCAUGGUGUCAUUCGACAGUAUUUUGCGCAGAACAAAAUGAAUGUUCUUGACUACCAAGUUGAAUAAGCAUUUGAUUGAGAAGAAAAAAACUAAAGAAAUUUUUAAAAAAUGCAGGCAUUUAACAUGAAGUGGUGAUUGGUACAGAAAUAUGUUUAUUUGUUUACAGGAUGAUAUUUGCACAGAGAUCAUUUAAAGGACAAAUGUGUUGUUUUCCAUUAUUUCCACUAGUCAUGUGGCACUCACAAGCACCAAAUGUGUUCUAAAGAUGACUGAAGAGUCUAGUGAAACAGCAUCACAUCCACAUGUGGAUUUGAUUUACCAAAAAAGGGUUGUUUAGAUUCCAUGUCCUGCGUUGUGACAUAACUUAAAAUUGGUAUAUGUACAACGUAAAAGUACAACAGAAAAGUCAUCAUUUAAACCUAAAGAUAAACAAGUGUCUCUGAGUGUGUCUAAACUAAAAUCCAUUUAAGCUUCAGACUCCAAUAGCUAACAUCAAUGUACUCAAUGGUGUGUGUUGGCAAGUGUAAACAUAUUGUUGAAGCUGUUAAAAGACAGAAGCUGUUCUUUGAAGUAUUCUACACAAUAAUUAAAAGCCUUCACUAAACCCUGUGAGUGCCUUACACAGCUUGAGAACAAAAACAUUCAACUUUCAAAACAUGCUGUUGUGCCAGAUCCCCUGCAUGUUUUGGUCAAAGGAAGCCACACUUUGACAACGCAGUGUCAGCACUUAAAAGGUUAAUUUACAUGCUACGUGUUUAUGGAUUUAGUUUAGACUCAGGAAACCAUAUAAUGAAUAUUUAUAUUAAAUCAUGUUUAUUUCUUGUACAUUUUAUAAAAAGGGUCUAUUGUAAAUUUCUGCAAGAGUUAUAUACACAACAAAGAAGUGUUCACUUUUGGCCAGAACAGGCCAGAAGUAAUGUGUUUAUGUGAUAUAUAUUAUCUAUAGUAUUAACCUCUUAAUACUCCUUAAUCCUAAAUAUGUAAUGUAUGGUUAAGUGAUAAAGCAGUAAUUUUCAGCCCUAAAACCAGGAUUAUUUGUUGAUCAACUGC